AGUUAUUGACCCGAUUGGUGGUCUGCGUACCAGUUCCACCCGAUACACUGAAGACGUGAAACAUGAUGGUGAUCUUGUGUGGUUUGGUCCUGUGAUAUAGGUUUAGAACACGUGUUUCAGAUAAACAUUAUGAUUGGAAAUUAUAAGACGUGCUGGUGUGAGUGUGCCACCACGCUGCCAAUGAACGCAGUGGUUUGCUGAACCCCCCGGGCCGUGCUACCACUGGUCGAUACAUAUCCCGUGCAUGUGAAUGAAAUGUCCAGGAUACAAAAUGCUUCAAAGUACAGGUCUACUUCUCACAGAUAAUCACACGCUGUUUGUAGCUGUGGCCGGCUCCGUAAGGAGGCAGCAUUAACGCGGGUUAUUUGUGACUAGUCAUGUCUACAAUUCGAAGGGCUUAUAUGGAAAUAUCAAACGGUAUCCGAGGUCUUAGAUUUAAUCGGGAACAACAGAACCAGCAACAGCAGCAGCAACAACAACAGCAACAACAACAAACGACAGUGUCAACGAGGGAAACAACAGGUCAGACGAGGAUAGCCAAUGGAGGUGCGAUGAGUGCCAGGGUAGUCCGCUCUCCGAAACCUCUCAUUGCCAGGAAAAUCCGGAGUCUAUUCGGAAGGCAUCAACCGGAGACUAUUCAUGAUCUUUUCAUGUAUGAGAGGUUUUUGUCUAAAUUCUUCAUGUAUUUUUCAGCUGAGGAGCGGGGUGUGUUGUCACAGGUGUGCCUAACGUGGAAGGCCAUCCUGUACCAUCCCCGCUUCUGGCUUGACGUCAUCCCGAUUAUAUCCUGUCGUGACCUUAGUCGCGAGGAGGACAUGAGACGGAUCUUCUACGAGAGCCUACAGUUGAGGAGUUUUGAUUCUAUUUGUUUGUUCGGGGCCACUGACGAUGACCUCGUGGACUUCGUCAAUCAUUUUUCCACGUGUAAAAAACAAUUACGUUCCGUGGGACUGCGGUGCUCCAACGUUACAGACACUGGCAUGGAACAGCUAUUCAAACGGAUGCCUUGUAUCUACCGACUUGAACUUUCCGGGUGCAAUGAACUCACGGAAACGGGACUUUGGUCGUGUCUUAAUUCAAAAAUCGUUUCGUUGACGAUAAACGACUGCAUCAAUGUGGCUGACGACACUGUCGGCGCCAUUGCUCAGCUGCUUCCGUCGUUGUAUGAAUUAAACCUACAAGCAUACCACGUUACUGACGCCGCUUUAGCGUUUUUCAGUGCCAAACAGAGUUAUAGUUUGUCAUUACUGAGAUUGCAUUCCUGUUGGGAAAUAACAAAUCACGGCAUUGUGAAUAUAGUCCAUUCUCUACCCAACCUUACCGUCCUUAGUCUGUCCGGGUGCAGUAAAAUUACGGACGACGGUGUGGAACUUAUUGCAGAGAAUCUACGUAAACUACGGUCGCUAGACCUGUCCUGGUGUCCGCGUAUUACGGACGCUUCACUCGAAUACAUCGCCUGUGACCUCAGUCAACUGGAGGAGCUCGUGCUUGACAGGUGUUCUCACGUGACGGACAUAGGCGUGGGUUACCUGUCCACAAUGACGUCGCUACUACGACUCUACCUACGGUGGUGCACACAGAUACGAGACUUUGGGCUGCAACAUAUGUAUUCAAUGCGGAAUCUACGAGUGCUUUCUCUGGCAGGUUGCACUUUGGUGUCCAGUCAGGGCCUAUGUGGUCUCACACAGCUGCGAAACCUCGAGGAACUGGAACUGACCAACUGUCCCAGUGCCACCAAAGAGGUGUACCUAUACCUCCGGGAAAACAUGACCACUUGUCUUGUGCUGGACUAACGCUAUAUCUUACACUAAAGUGUAUUGUCAGGUUUUACUAUGGGGAUAUUUGGUAUACAACGACGACAUAUAUGCCGUUGCAAACUCGUGCGCGCAGCUGUGGGAGUAUUUUGUUCUGGAUGUGGUGUAUGUUCAGCAAUCGUAAGUGUGUUGGGUACCAGUUGGAUUAUUAGAGAAGGAGUUUGGGUCACCAAAUCUGUCUACGUUGUGACAUUGUCGAAACAAGCAGGGUUACGCACCUUUCAAAUACGUCCGCGAAGUGUAUCAUUCUCAUAAUGUUUAUGCUACGGAGUGCUGGGAACGAGGAAAAUAUGUAUCGACCGGAAGUGACGUGUGGUACAUGAAAAAAGAAGACACAUUUUUUUGAGAAGGUACAUGGUCAACACUAGAGAACCCUCGUACCGUAUACAUCCGUCACAAAUAUUGACCUUAUCCGUGUAUGUACACAAUGUUAGGAAGGUCGACCCUUCAUUAGUGGAACCUGUGUACAGUUUUCUUAUUUCAUGCCAGUAUAUAUUCACUCCAAGUUUGACCAUGUGCCUUCCGUGUAGCCAGCUACCAGCUGGAGUAUCAGGGCUGGUGGGCAGUGGUAAUUUGGCCCAUUGAAGCGCUAUGCACUAGUAACCCCAUUAGGGAGUGUGGUGUUCUCAGGAUGAUCUUUCUAGUGUAUUUUGGGGUGUAAAUAAUUAAUAUAUAUAUAUAUAUAUAAUGUCCAAGUUCGUAGCAAAUGUAUUUUUCUGUGAAAUCCCAAAGGACAUUUUUGUUCUUGAAACAGAUAUUAUAAUGUGAUAUUGACUGAGGUUUCCAUAUGUGUUCACUAAGCUGUAACUGUAACGUUUUGUGAUCGUCAUGUUUACAUAUCUAUACGACAAUCUUUGAUUAUUUGUUCUUUUCAUGUGUUUUCUUGUUACAUUCCCAUUCUUCAUGUUUUCCACACCCCUGAUUUGCUCAUUGUUUUUAUCAAAUAUUUAUACACAAAAAAUGAUGACGUAGUUUCCCGAGUCGGUGAAGGUUGUGAAUUUUUGUAGUGUAGUAAAUGGUACCUCUUCAAUAUUUCUGAACAACGAUUUUCAACAAUUGUUUCAAUCUUGACGUAAUCAUAACAUUUAAUGGCUGAGAAAUAAGACGGGCAAAACAGAGGCUAAGAACAUUUUCUACUGAAAGCACAAGAAGAUUUAGCAGAUAAAAUCCUAUUUCAUGAAGUCCGUACGGGUGUUGAUUGUUAUCUGCCAAUGUGGUUUUCGUGAGGAUGGAUGUCAGAAUUCCACGCUUUUCUUUAAAUCAACUGAAAGAAACAGAUUUUUUCUCUCCUUCAUAGUACGUUUUCUUUACAAAAUUGUCAAAUUCACAAAAUUUCCUAAUCUGAGCAUUCUUAAAGACCUGCAUGUUUAUCCAAUACUUUCAAUAAAACAUCCUUGUGGAGCUUGAUAAAAUAACCGGGUAUUUUUUGUAGAUUAUUUUGUUCUUUUAAUUAAAAUCUAAUUUUUAAAUUACGAGCUAUUGUUCUAUCAAUGCAAACCUACCAUAGGUCGAUAUGAGAGUGUGUUGAGAACAAAACGGGUCCUACUAACUAUUUUACGGAUAAGUAGACAGAUAUUCCCUCGGGACUGUAACAGUAUAGGUGAGUAUGGACCUCGUGAUUCAGUCAGUCUUCUGGUCCGUACUCCCAUCGUUAUGUGUGUUACUACUUAGUAUAUAUAUAUAUAUAUAUAUAUAUGGUUUGUGUCGUGGCUACCUUUUAAAAAUUGAAACUUACAUAUAAGGGGGCGAUAAUUCACUAUACUUGCGGUGUGUAUGGUUUACAAUUAUCAUCAGCUCAUAAAAGUAUCAUACUUACUUACAACAAUAAAUCUUCUCGGUACAGCCGACUUCCGGUAGUUAUAACUGCUCUUCUUUAUAUUAACAUUUUCAAUAUAGCUGUUUAAGAUAACUAAUAUUGUAUCUGUUAAUUCAUGCCUCAAACCUAACAGUGUGGUGUAUUAGAUGUCUCUGGAGCUUUCAGUACUGGCAGGUCGUGUUGACCGUCGAUUUGUUUAACACUAACAUCUCUAUACAUUCCAUUAUAAUGGUGUUCUAUCCCAUGGUAGAA